GGCCUUGCUUAUGUCACCCGCGGGCAGUCAAUCUUUUUUCUAGAUACCCCGCCGUAUGCUCAGAUUGACUUGCUCCUUUCAGUGUAUGUGCUGUGUAUAGAUCCCCUGGUUAUUUGAAUCUUAAUCCAUAUCAAUCACCAUGGCUGCCACUCUCCCCGCCUACAAGACCGCCUUCCUGGAGUCCUGUCUCUCCGCCAAUGUCCUGACCUUCGGCACUUUCACCCUCAAGUCCGGUCGUCACUCUCCCUACUUCUUCAACGCCGGAACCUUCCACACCUCUGCGCUCCUCUCCGCCCUCUCCACCGCCUAUGCUCACACCAUCGUCUCUUUCCUCGCGGCCAACCCCUCCAUCCCCAAACCCGAUGUGAUCUUCGGUCCCGCCUAUAAGGGCAUCCCUCUUGCCUGCGCCGCCCUCCUUGAGCUCCACCGCCUGGACCCCGAGACCUGGGCGUCCGUCUCCUACAGCUACAACCGCAAGGAGAAGAAGGAUCACGGCGAGGGCGGCAACAUCGUCGGCGCCGCCCUGAAGGGCAAGAACGUCCUGGUCAUCGACGACGUCAUCACCGCGGGUACCGCCAUGCGGGAGACGCUGGACCUCGUGGCCAAGGAGGGAGGCAAGGUCGUGGGCUUUGCCGUCGCGCUGGACCGUCUGGAGAAGAUGCCCGGACCCAAGGAGAAGGAGGGCAUCGAUGAUGGCGAGCCCCGGAUGAGCGCUAUGGGCCAGAUCCGUCGCGAGUACGGUGUGCCCACGACGAGCAUCGUCACGUUGGAGGAUCUGAUCGUGCUGUUGAAGAACAAGGGUGACGAGGGAGACUUUACGAGACUGGAGGAGUACCGGAAGAGAUACCAGGCCAGUGAUUAAAUGAGUAGGGUUUGUUUAGCGGAAGACCUGAUUAGAUCAAUUGGGUAACAUGGACAUGCGUAUUCCUGUCUACCUCUAACGCGAAUGGAUAGAGCUCGUAGUAGAGGGCCCAAACAAUUGUUUCCUCGGAUGUUCUGAAAGGCCAGAUGGGAGUCAGUCAAGCAUACCAAACGCUUGGUCUGAUAGUAUCAUUCUGCUGAAGUGCACAUGUAUGUAC